AUGUGUUUGGUCGUUAUUUCUGGUGUGUUUUCCUCAUUUGAUAUCGUUACAGAUUUACUGUACCAAGUGCCCGGUUCGAUAAUAGCCCUACUGUCGGUUUUCUAUGGGUCAAUUAGUGUGAUGUCGGUGGCUGGUAAUUCCCUGGUCAUAUGGAUAGUAGCCACUUCGAGGAGCAUGCAGUCAGUCAUUAAUUGCUUCAUUGCCAAUCUGGCGCUUGCCGACAUUGUUAUAGGACUUUUUGCCAUACCCUUUCAGUUUCAAGCCGCGUUGCUGCAGCGAUGGGAUUUGCCCGAAUUCAUGUGCGCCUUCUGCCCUUACAUUCAAACGCUCAGUGUCAACGUCAGCGUCUUCACGCUGACUGCCAUCGCGAUUGACAGGCACAGAGCCAUUAUGACGCCUCUCAGAGCUCGACCUUCAAAAAGCAAAGCUAAAGUAAUAAUAACAUUAAUAUGGUUGGUCUCUGCGGUUCUUGCAUCGCCGAUAGCGAUCGCUUUAAAAGUGGAGCAAGUACUUGACGAGGAGCAAAACGAACUUGGUAUUAUGAAGAAAAAGCCGUUUUGCCGAAAUGUUCGAUUAGACGACAAUGUUUUGAUGGUCUAUAGAUAUUUACUAGUAUUUUUGCAAUAUGUCACGCCAUUGUGCAUCAUAACAUGUGUCUAUGCCAGAAUGUCUCUAAAGCUUUGGGGCUCUCGUGCUCCAGGUAAUGCGCAAACUUUGAGAGAUGCUUCUUUAACCAGAAACAAAAAGAAGGUCAUAAAGAUGUUGGUAAUUGUAGUUGCUCUAUUCGCGUUGUGCUGGCUUCCUCUUCAAACGUACAACUUAUUGCAAUUUGCCUUUCCCGCAGUAAAUGAGUACAAAUACAUCAACAUUGUGUUUUUCACAUGUGAUUGGCUCGCUAUGAGUAAUAGUUGCUACAAUCCAUUUAUUUAUGGAAUAUAUAAUGAUAAAUUCAAGCGCGAAUUUCGACGGCGUUUUCUAUUUCGCGAUCAAAGCUAUCGCUUUUCAUCACCAGGAACAGACAGUUUCGAGCAUAACAAAACAAACGCUCAACUCAAUCGUGUCAGAUCUACUUACGACUGGGACCGUAACACUGCCCAGUUAACAACUGCAUGCCAUGUUGCCGCCCAGGAUGCAAGCACGCACCAAAAGCACCACCAUGCUGCUGGGAUCUACCAUGCAAAGCGGAUUGUUUCAACACCAAAGCUGACCAACGAGAAUCCGGAAGAUAUCACGAUACAGUAGUUUAUCCUGGAAAUCUUUGAUUAUGUUCACUGAAUACAACAUAAGUCAACAUAGAGUAGAUCAUAGACUAAGGUCAUACAAAGUAAAUCAAUACAUGCA